AUGUCACAUAUUGUUAGGCAAGUUUACUAUGUUCCUUAUCCUUCAAUUGUGCCACGUAAACGAGGAUGGUGUGUUGUAAUCAAAACAAAACCAUUAGGUCAUACUGAAACUGGAAAUCUAGUGGAAGAUAUUGCUUACCAAGUUGAUAAAGUUGAACAAAUUAAUGAUGUGAUUGGAGUUGAACAAAUUACAACUUUGUCUAAUACAACGGUUGAGGGGCAUCAAGUUGAUGCGUCUAUAUUUUUGGUAGAAAAUAAUAUGGACAAAGAGCUUGAAGAGUUUGGAUCCGAGGACAAUAUCACAUCAGAUGAUGAGAAUGAUAUGGAUGAAGAGCAUGGAGAUUUUGAAUAA